AUGUUUGUGUUAUUGAUACAUCACUGUUGUACAUGCAAAUGUAAGGGACAUUGGCAGCUCAUUGUUUUGUGUCCUAAAAAAAAUACUGUCGUCUGGUUUUGUUCUUUGCGUAGAAGGGUAGAUGUUCAUAUAAAAGCUGCAAUUAACAAUGCAUUUAACACUUUGGAAACCAAGAGUGAGGGGAAAUUUGGUCACAGUACACCGCGGUGGAUUGAAGUGAAGAGUCACGUUCAAAGCGGAACCUAUGAGUGUGGCUAUUAUGUCAUGCAUUGGAUGUGGAACAUAAUCGUCGGGCAGUUGAAGACUAAUUGGACGCUGUGGUUCAAUGAUGGCACGCCGCUAGACAUCAACAUCAUGACAACAUUACGAAAAAAAUGGGCAGAAUAUUUUGUAAAACUUAGAAGCAUCCAAUUGAAUGAAACUGCUAAGAAUUUUGGUGAUGAAAAGCAAAACCCUUCAGGUGAGGAUGAUGUUGCUGCAGAUGGAAACAAGGAAAAUCCUACUAAUGAAGCUGAACAAAAAGAGCCUGAGAAUAAGAAAUUUAACCUUGAAUUUGAGAACUCCUGUGAUUAUUCCAUCGUUAGUCACAGAAGAAAUUCUCAAUUGGCUUAA